UUAAUAAUGAGUUAGUAUUCAUUUUGUAGUCCAAAACCUAGAUUUAUGCAAGUCAAAAUGGACGAAUCAGAAUAAAGAAGCUUGUCUAGAGAAUACAAAAAGAGAAGCGAUUUUUUUUCUCCAUUUUAAAGGCCUUUAGCAUCCCGGCCUCAAACAAUUGAUUCAAAAGCAUAAGGAAAUAUGGCCAUAAGAUGUAAUUCUAGAAAGUAAAGGCAAUAUUCAUUAUAAAGUUCAGAAAUAGGAGGUCUAGUUAAAGAUGUUUAAUUAGUUGAUUAUUUAGUAUUUAAUUAUAAUUAACGUAGUUUUAAUUAAAAAAUAGGCAAUAGGAUCGAUAUAAAAUGAGUAUCUUAAAAUUACACGAAAAAAAAAUUAGAGUUUGGUAAAACUAUAAAUUUCCAGAAUUGUUUUAAAGUACUAACAAAAAAAGUGAUACUUUCGAUUCAUUGAUUAUAUUUGAUAAAAAAAAAGAAAAAAUCUUUAACAAUAUUUCUUGA